UAUAAGGAGUGGGAGAAGAAAUUCCUUGUUAGAUCUCAAAUUGAAGCCCUGUCUGGAAGAAAGGGCAACACCCAAAGAUUCCUAUUGGCUAUCUUGGUCUUAUCCAGAAGAGAUUUAAACUCAGAGAGGGAAGAAAGGAUUUCUGGAACAAAAGGAUAUCCAGGACAGACUUCAGGUCUCAAGAGUCCUUUCUCCUAAAGUGGCAAAAGAGUGGGACCGUGUGCCCAUUAGCUUCUGAGGCCUCUGGGAAGAAUCCACUCCCCUCAGCUUCAAGGAAGCCCAUGAUGGGUUUCAGCCAUAUAUUUUAUUUCCCUUUGGGGUUCCUGCUCUGGUUCAUACUACAGGCAGAAUCAGCUCCAGCAACCCCUGACCCUCUCAUCUGCAGCAAUCGUGAGCAGCAGGUUAUGUUUAGUCACACCUACAAGAUCGAUGUACCAAAGUCCUCCUUGAUCCAGGUGGAGGCUGACCCUCAACCACUCAGUGAUGAUGGGGGAAGGCUGCUUCUCCCUGGGGAGGCUAAUGAAGAACAGAACAUCAUUUUCCGGCACAAUAUUCGCCUUCAGACCCCAAAGGGCGACUGUGAAAUGUCAGGCAGCAUCCAGGACCUUUUGGCUCGAGUGAAGAAGCUGGAGGAAGAGAUGGCAGAGAUGAAAGACAAGUGUGGUACCCAGCAGUGCUGCCAGGGAGCUCCAGGUCUCAGCAACCUCUGCAGUGGUCAUGGAAUUUUCACCCAAGACACUUGUGGGUGCAGGUGUGAUGAAGGAUGGGAAGGCCCAGACUGCUCCCUCCCCAGCUGUCCUGCAGGGUGCAGUGGCCAUGGGCGCUGUGUGGAUGGCCGAUGCAUUUGUGACGAGCCCUACAUUGGCGAGGACUGUGGCUACCUGCCUUGCCCAGAGAACUGCAGUGGAAAUGGGAUCUGUGUGAGGGGCGUUUGCCAGUGCUAUGAGGAUUUUACAUCAGAGGACUGCAGUGAGAAGAGAUGCCCCAAUGACUGCAGUGGUCAUGGCUUCUGUGACACAGGAGAAUGCUACUGUGAGGAGGGCUUCACUGGCCUUGACUGCUCCCAGAUUCCUUCUCCCCAGAGUCUGAAGCUCCUCAAGAGCACUGAGGACUCUCUGCUUGUGAACUGGGAUCCAGAAGUGAAUGUGGACCAUUACCUGCUCAGCUACUAUCCCAUGGGGGUGGAUACUUCAAUGAAACAGAUUAAGGUCCCCAAAGAAGAGCUAAGUUAUGAGAUUCAUGGCCUGCAGCCUAGCACCAAGUACAUUAUUACUUUACGCAAUGUGAAAAAGGGGAUUUCCAGUAGCCCACAGCAUUUGCUGGCCUCUACAGACAUGUCUGUGAUUGGCACUGCUUGGGUGACUGAUGAGACAGAGAACUCCCUGGAUGUGGAAUGGGAGAAUCCUCCCACAGAGGUUGAUUAUUACAAACUCAGGUACGGCAGCUUGCAAGGGCAGGAGGUGGAGGAGGUGACCGUUCCCAAGAGCAAUGACCCCAAGAGCAGAUAUGACAUCACAGGUCUGCAGCCUGGGACUGAGUAUAAGAUCACUGUGGUACCCAUGAAAGGUGGCCUAGAAGGAAAACCAAUUUCCUUGAAUGGCAUGACUGGAAUUGACAGCCCCACAAAUGUAGUGACUGAUCGAGUGACAGAGGAUACAGCUGCUGUCUCCUGGGAUCCAGUCCAGGCUCCUAUAGAUAGGUAUGUGGUACGCUACACCUCUGCUGAAGGAGAAGUCAAGUCAACACCAGUGGAGAAAGACAAGAGCAGCACUGUUCUGACAGGCUUGAAUCCAGGCAUGGAGUAUACCGUCCAUGUCUGGGCAGAGAAGGGGAACCAAGAGAGUAAGAAAGCCAACACUAAAGCCUUAACAGAAAUUGACAGCCCAACCAACCUGGUAACUGAACGUGUUACUGAGGAUACAGCCACCAUCUCCUGGGAUCCAGUUCAGGCUGUCAUAGAUAGGUAUCUGGUGCGCUACACCUCUGCUGAUGGAGAGACCAAGGAGAUACCGGUGGUGAAAGACAAGACUACUACUCUACUGACUGGCUUGAGGCCAGGCAUGGAUUAUACUGUCUAUGUCUGGGCUGAGAAAGGGAACCAAGAGAGCAAGAAAGCCAACACCAAAGCCCCAACAGAAAUUGAUGAUCCCAAAAAUCUGAUAACUAAUCGAGUGACAGAGGACACAGCGACUAUAUCCUGGGAUCCAGUCCAAGCUGUCAUAGAUAAGUACAUGGUACGCUACUCUUCAGCUGAUGGAGAGACCCGGGAAAUACCAGUUGGGAAGGAUGAGACCACAACUAUCCUGACAGACCUGAGGCCAGGAGUGGAUUAUACGGUUUAUGUCUGGGCAGUGAAGGGAGACCGAGAGAGCAAGAAAGCCAACACCAAAGCUCCAACAGAAAUUGAUGAUCCCAAGAAUCUGAUAACUAAUCGGGUGACAGAAGACACAGCGACCAUAUCCUGGGACCCUGUCCAGGCUGUCAUAGACAAGUACAUGGUACGCUACACCUCAGCUGAUGGAGAGACCAGAGAGAUACCAGUGGGGAAGGACAAGACUACCACCACCUUGACAGGCUUGAGGCCAGGCAUGGAUUACACUGUUCAUGUCUGGGCUGUGAUAGGAGACCGGGAGAGCAAGAAAGCCAACACUAAAGCCCCAACAGAAAUUGAUGAUCCCAAGAAUCUGAUAACUGAUCGGGUGACAGAAGACACAGCGACUAUAUCCUGGAACCCUGUCCAGGCUGUCAUAGACAAGUACAUGGUACGCUACACCUCAGCUGAUGGAGAGACCAGAGAGAUACCAGUGGGGAAGGACAAGACCACCACCACCUUGACAGGCUUGAGGCCAGGCGUGGAUUACACUGUUUAUGUCUGGGCUGUGAAAGGAGACCGGGAGAGCAAGAAAGUCAACACAAUAGCACCAACAGAGAUUGAUAGCCCUAGAAACCUAGUGACUGACCAGGUAACAGAGAAGACAGCCACCAUCUCCUGGGAUCCUGUCCAGGCUGUCAUAGACAGGUACAUGGUACGCUACACUUCAGCUGAUGGAGAGACAAAGGAGAAGCCCGUUGGGAAGGACAAGACCACCACCACACUGACAGGCUUGAGGCCAGGCAUGGAGUACACUGUUUAUGUCUGGGCUGUGAAGGGGGACCAGGAGAGCAAGAAAGCCAACACAAGAGCCCUUACAGAAAUUGAUGACCCCAAGAAUUUGAUGACUAAUCAGGUGACAGAGGACACAGCAAUUUUAUCUUGGGACCCAGUCCAGGCCAUCAUAGAUAGGUACAUGGUACGCUACACCUCCGUUGAUGGAGAGACCAAGGAGAUACCAGUGGAGAAGACCAAGACGGCCACCAUCUUGACAGAUCUGAAGCCAGGCAUGGAGUACUCUGUGUACGUCUGGGCUGUGAAGGGAGACCGGGAAAGCAAGAAAGCCAACACCAAAGCAUUGACUGACAUUGAUCCUCCCAGAAACCUCCGUGCAUCCGAUGUGACCCAGUCUAGUGGUGUUGUGACCUGGAUGCCACCUUCUGCUCAGAUUGAUGGCUAUAUUCUAACUUACCAAGCUCCAGAUGGCACCAGCAAGGAGGUGAAGCUGGGGCCUUGGGACCAGAGGUUUGAACUGCAAGGCCUUGACCUAGGAGUAAGGUACACCAUCUCUCUGGUGGCUUUUAAGGGUGAUCGUCAGAGCAGGAGUGUAUCAACUAACUUAUCCACAGUUGGGGCUCGUUUCCCCCACCCAUCCGACUGCAGUCAAGUUCAGCAGAAUGGAGAUGUUGGCAGUGGCAUGUAUACCAUCUAUCUGCAUGGCGAUGUCAACCAGCCCAUGCAAGUGUACUGUGACAUGGACACUGAUGGUGGUGGAUGGAUUGUAUUUCAGAGAAGAAACACAGGGCAGCUGGAUUUCUUCAAACGCUGGAGGAGCUAUGUGGAAGGCUUUGGUGAUCCCAUGAAGGAGUUCUGGUUUGGACUUGAGAAGCUACACAAUCUUACCACUGGAACACCAGUCCGCUAUGAAGUACGGGUAGACUUACAGACAGCAAAUGAGUCUGCCUAUGCUGUCUAUGACUUUUUCCAAGUGGCCUCUAGCAAGGACAGAUACAAGCUGACAGUAGGGAAAUACAGAGGCACAGCAGGUGAUGCUCUCACUUACCACAAUGGAUGGAAAUUCACCACCUUUGACAGAGACAAUGAUAUUGCUCUCAGCAACUGUGCCCUGACACAUCAUGGUGGCUGGUGGUAUAAGAACUGCCAUCUGGCAAACCCCAAUGGCCGAUAUGGAGAAACCAAGCACAGUGAGGGGGUGAACUGGGAGCCAUGGAAAGGACAUGAAUUCUCCAUUCCUUACGUGGAGUUGAAGAUCCGCCCUCAUGGUUUCAGUGGGAGGCAUAUCCUGGGGAGGAAGAAAAGGAUGAUAACAGGGAAGAGAAUCAUCAACAGAAGAUCCAACUGACUGGAAACCAGAAUGAGAAGAGAUCAGUUAAAGCUGGAUAGAUUUUUGGAUGGGGGUGGGCAGAUUACUCAUUGGUUAAACUUGAAUUAAGAUCAGAGUGGCUCUAUGGGGGAUGUGUGUGAUCUCUACUUUCUGUUAUCUUCAGAAACCCAGUCUACAGGUACAUUCCACUUCUGCCAAGUCCCAAGCCAUGGAAAUUCCCAUUUCCUCUCCAUCUUCACCAAUGCAACAUUAUCUAUACUUAGGAUUUAGAUUUUCUUUAAAAGUGGUUGCAUAGCAUGUGAAAGGGAAAUGAAUACCAUACUAGCAAGGAUGCUCAGCCUUAUUCCAUUGGUGUUCUAGUAACAUGGGAUGGCAUGAGAAUUCUGUAAAAGACAUGUUAUCUAGCUCUUUACCAAUUAGAAAGCUCCAGAAACUGCUAUUUCUUCAAUUCUCCCAGAAUAUAUUUUGUAUGUGCAUGUAUCUCCCCACUGAUAGAAUGUAAGCUCUUUGAGUGAAGAGUCUAUUCUAUUUUUGUCUUUCUAUCCCCAGUACCUGUCUCAUAAAUAGUCACUUAAUAAAUGCUUGUUAAUUGAUUGAUUGAUAUAAGUUUAUACAGGAAGACUACCCAAUGUAACAGAAUGGUUCAACUGUGAUGGGUUACCGUCUUUGCCAGACACUUGUCAUCCAUUGUUCCUGCUUUGGCAUUGGGGUUGAUCACUGCUCUUUCCCUCACUUAGACAUAUUGGGAGGGGGAGCAAGUAAAGGAAUGGAAGGGGGAAGUCAGGAGUGGGGAGGGUGCCUGAAACAACAUGCCUAGUUAAUGGGUAUUUUUAUGAAACCAUCCUCUUCCAAUAUGCCAGAUAAUAAAGCUUUUACUAUGCUGUCCAUUUUCCAUCCCAAGACACUUCUUAGUCUAAUCUGUUUAAUUGCUUUUAUAGAACUGUUUGCCUUGUGGAUUAGUCUGUACUCACUCAGACUUAAAAUAAUUUGGCAUGUUAUAAAAAUGUAUUCUAUUGAGUUUCUAGCUCCACCCUGCCUUACUGCCCAUCGAGGUCUAAUGCCACUCAUUUGUCCAGACCUUCCCUAAUGCUUGGUGCUGCUAUGCAACCCUUUGUGCCUGAAUUUUCUGAAAUUACUUGAUAUUGGGAAGCCCCCGAACAGGAGGCUGGGAAGCCUUGAUGCUUGGGAUGGAAGAUUCAGAAAGGUCAGAUAAUUUUGGCUUUUUUUUUCUUGCCAUUUUGGGACAUUUUUAGUAAACAAUUUGGUGACCAUUUCAGUGCUGUACAUUUUUGCCCUUGAAAAGAAAUAAUAAACCACUUGAUUAAAAAAAAAAGAA